AUGGCGGCGACAACGACGACAACUUCGACAAUGGGCUCGACAUCGGAGGAAGAGCUGCAACGUGAGAUCGAUCGUCUAAGCCGCGAAUUGGAUGAGGCAAGCCACGAGAAGAUCCAGGCGGCUCAGUACGGCUUGCAAGUGCUGGAGGAGAAGCACCUGCUGCAGACACGGCUUGACGAGCUGGAAGGCCUUUACGACAGCACAAAACAGGAAUUAGAGUGCGUUAAGGAGGCUCUGUGUCAGUUUCAACUGCAACACAAGCAGGUGGCGAAACAUGGUGUUCAACACGAAGAAAGCUUACUGGCAGAAACUGCUACCAGAGAGUCUUUCUUUCAUCAGCAAAUCACCACUCUUGAGCAGGAGCUGCGUCAAACGAAGCAGGAACUUUCACGGACCAAGGCUGAACUGGAAAAGUUACAAACCGUGAACAGCGAUGCAACGAACAUGGCUAACGAGGUGGAGAACCAUAACCGCAGCCUGAAGGAGGAAAUACGAGAGCUAAAACACCGCGAGCAGCGUCUGGCGAACGAUUAUUCUGAACUAGAAGAAGAGAACAUUUCCUUACUGAAGCAGGUGUCGGCUUUGAAAUCUGGUCAGCUUGAUUUGGAUUCUAUGAAAUACGAAGUAGAACGACUAAUGGCCGAAAUGGAGGUUUUGCAGUUUCAAAUGGAGGAGUCUGAGAAGCUCAAACAGAUAGCAGAAAAGCAGAUCGAAGAGGCGUUGACUUCCCUGCACCAAGAACGCGAACAACGACUUGCGAUGAAAAAGGAGUUGGACCAGUUGAAGAACUCUGAGCACAUGGUGUCCAGCUUGAACAGCCUGGCCAAUUCGGUCUUCGGCAUGGUCAGUAUCGACGAAAGCGCUGCAACUGAUCCUUCGGUCCUGAAGGAGCUGGAGACCAGCUUCCAUCUUUCAAGCUGUGAAGAGCGCAGCGACCUUUUCAGCGAGAUACAUGGCACCCGACUUAAGCAGCUAGAAGCGCAGUACGACGCCCUGUACAAGGAGAAGCAGUCGGUGGACGGCCGUUUGUCGGAAAUAGAGCGCAAAUUCUCUGACAUCAAACUGUUGUCUGAAGCGAAGCUGAACGAAAUCUGUGGUAUCUUGUACGAGGAGGAGGAAUGUAGGAAAACAGAUGCGAACUUGAAAGCGGAUACAAAAUCUGGAUCCGGCUUUGAAGAGAAGUUCGACAACGUCAUCAACGUGAUCAGAGAAAUUGUGCACAGCUCGCGCCGCCUGACUGAAGCUGCCGACGAAUCGAAGGCCGGAAACGAGGCAGAAAUGGAGAACAUCCAGAAUGACCUACGAGACACGGUGUUCAAAGCCGUCCGGCUUCAGUGCCUCUUGUGCCAAUUCCAAGGCUCUCUGGUGUCCAACAGCGAGAAGCUGGCACAGAUUUAUCAUCACCUCUGCACUAUGUAUGGAAAGACACCGGAUCGAGUUAUGCUUGACCACAUGAAAGGAGGAAACGGAAACGAAAACGAAAAGGGUGGAACCGGCGACUUGGCGUUCAGCUUUAUGCCAGAUGGAGCACCGGAUGAAACGCGAGAAUCCUCAACUGAGAGUGACGCUGCGGUGGACUCUUCUUUGCCAGAAAAGAUUUGGAGCAAAAUGAAGGAGCAGUUGAAGUCAGAUUUUGCCUCUCAGCUUGUUCCUGUUUCUCAGGAACGUGGCAGAUCAGAGGGACUAGUACAAGUAAGGCUUAUCAAACGAAAUAUAGUCAUAGUUUCAUUUAAUUACAAUGUUGUUGGUUUAAUUUUUUUUAAAUUUGAGCGUAUAGCUAGCCGUUUGCGAUGACU